AUGAGUGAGGAAGACGGUCAGGAAUGGCUGUACGACUUACUGACCGAGGUCCAGCUCGAACAGUUUUACACCAAAUUAAGGGAUAACCUCCAAGUGACCAGGUUGGCUCAUUUUGACUAUGUCAAAGGAGAAGAUUUGGAAAAGAUUGGCAUGGGCAAGCCAGCCAUCCGUCGCCUCCUGGACACGGUGAAACGCAAAAGGACAUCAAGGAAGUCGCGCAUCUUAGAAAAGAUUCUGCCAAGCACCAAACCUUCUGAAAAGUCCAAUGGAAGCAACAGUAAGAAAGCAUCAGGUUCUCCGGUCAAGUAUACAGGCGACCACACCCUCACAUGUCUCAUCAGUGAACGGUCACUAGAGCUGACGGUCAAGCUUGGUAACGGAUCAUUUGGUGUGGUUAGAAGAGGCUCAUGGACAACACCAUCAGGAAAUAAGAAAAGUGUCGCCGUUAAGAUCCUCAGAAAUGAUGCUUUGUCUCAGCCAGGUGCCUUUGAAGAUUUUGUGAAGGAAGUGAAUGCCAUGCAUAUGCUGGACCAUCCCAACCUGAUACGACUCUAUGGAAUUUGUCUUUCCUGUCCCCUUAUGAUGGUGACUGAGCUGGCACCAGGUGGCGCCCUUUUGGACAAGUUACGCAAGGAACAGGAGAAAUUGUUGAUCAGUACUCUGUGCGAGUAUGCCAUUCAGAUCGCCACCGGCAUGAGUUUUUUGGAGUCUAAGAGAUUCAUACACCGUGACCUUGCCUGCAGGAAUGUACUACUAGCAUCAGAAGACAAGAUAAAGAUUGGAGAUUUCGGAUUGAUGAGAGCACUCCCCAGUCAAGAGGAUCACUAUGUCAUGUCAGAGCAGAAAAAAGUACCAUUUGCCUGGUGUGCGCCAGAGAGCUUGAAAUCUCGCCAGUUCUCACAUGCCAGUGAUACCUGGAUGUUUGGGGUGACACUGUGGGAGAUGUUCACAUAUGGACAGGAGCCAUGGAUGGGUUACAAUGGAUCACAGAUUUUACACAAGAUUGAUGUUGAAGAUGAAAGACUACCAAAACCUGCACAUUCCCCAACUGACAUUUACCAACUCAUUCUGCAGUGUUGGUCAUACGAGGCAGAGAGACGACCCACAUUUGUGGCUCUGAAGGAUUUCCUGACUGAGGUGAGACCACCUGAUAUGAAGGUCACUCAAGCUUUCUGUGAGGUCGGUAAACUUGAGAUUGAGGAAGGCGAUUAUGUAACAGUCAUUGAUGGCAGACCAGAUUGUUACUGGUGGAGGGGCCAGAACAAGAGGACAACCAGAAUUGGUACAUUCCCACGUCAGUGUGUGGACCCUCAGAGACGUCUCGCUAGCAAUGAUAUCAGCAAGCCACUGAAAAACAGUUUUAUACAUACUGGUCAUGGUGAUCCAGGCGGCAAGAACUGGGGGGAUCCAGGCAAGAUUGAUGAAGUUUACCUGAGGAACCCAAUGGAGCCACCUGACCUCCAAGAAGUUGUUCAUGAUGUUCGUCCAACGCAGCUUCCUAGUCGCAGUAAAAGGCCAUUUACCAAUCAGUUCAAGAUGUUCAACUAUAAUAAGUUGGUUAACGAAGAAUCCGGAAGUGCUUUUAAACCCACGGCAGUAGGCAAGGCCACUGCAAUAGUAACAGCCACAGCCAGUAAUCCUUCUACCCCUACCGGACAUGGCAACACAUUUCCUAGGGUAUCUAAAAGUGUUCCCACGCCUGACGACAAACCUCUGAUUGAUUUGAGUGAUGAGUUAGAGAGUACUGAUUCACAAUUCGCCAUGAAACAGUCAGCACCAAGUACAAUAUGUUUGUUUGAUUCCCUUCUCAACAACUCGGCUACACAAUAUGGGAAUGUUGAGCUUCAGAAACCUUUACUACAUGACAACACGACAUCAUCAGAUCCAUUUGAGGUGCAUAAUUCAUUAAAAGUGAUAUUUCCGUCAGGUGUACAGAACUUGUCCGGCGGUGUAAAGGGGACUCAAAGUGUGAACACGUCUGUGAAAGGAACUAAUAGCCUGCCUGGUUCCUUGAAACAUAAUCCCACAAGACCAGCAAGGCAUCCUAUUGUGUACAGUCGGACACAUUCUACAGAGGAAAAAGUGACUAAUGUGAAAAAAGAGGCACAUUCAGCUGGGGCUCCUGUGCCGCCACCAAGGGGGGAUAACUCCGGAUAUGAUACGCAACCAAGUACUGUGAAAAACAGCUCUCAAAGUGCAGCAUAUGCUGACAAGAGUUAUUCUGAUUCAGCAGAAGAUAAACAUGAUUCGACAAAUGUGCAAUCCAACAGUGAAUUUCCAGAGAGUAAGAUUACCAUUUCCAAGUCACCUUGCCAUAAUGCUUCAGUAUCAUCACAUGUUUCCAUGGAAUCUAAACAAAUUGGUCAUUUUGACCAAGGAAACAUCGGUGUAUGUGAAAAAGACAAAGGAAAAAACUCACAGAAAACUGAUCGAGCCUUUGAUUGGUUGAAAGAUGCAAUAAGUAAUUUUUCUGUGGCGUCAUCAGACAAGCGAUGUGUUGGUGUGCCACCUAUGUACGAUGAUGUUCCAGUUGAGGAGCAAAACAACGUCAGUGUAGUCAAACCAAAACCCUGUUUUGCUGGAAUGGUUUCGCAUAGCUCUAUACCCAGGUAUGACGAGGUUCCAACCGAAAUUGACAUUUCUGACAUCAAACAGCAGGAGCACUAUGCUCCCCAGAGCACGUUCUCAGAUGCAAUGAGUUGGGAUUCAUUUGAUUCAGACUUUGAUGAUGACCCUGUGACUGGCAGUCUUGCGGCUUCGGCUCCAGUGGCUGUAACUGAGAAACAACCAGAAAGUGAGGGGGAGGAUGCACCCCCUCCCCUACCCCCCAGGGAUUACUUGUCGAGUAGUUUGGACACAGGGAGGGGGAACUAUUGUACAACUAAAGACAAACCAAAACCUAGAAUCUUUCCUAUGGUGCAAGAUGGGAAACAGUUGAGCCAUACUCAUUAUUUUCUUAUCCCAUCGCGGGAUGAAAAGAAAGACAGUUAUUCCCCAAACACUGCGGAAGUCAAACCUUUCAUGGUGGACGGGUGCCAUGUAGACAAUUCGUUACAAUAUAACAGGUCAACGUCCCGGCAUGACUACCAAAAUCUCACAGAAGUCCAGAUCAGUGCCAAACGUCAUUCGUCUGCAAGUGAUGAUUUGUCUUGGACGGGGAUGACAGGAAUGAAAGCAAUCAACCAAGACACGGAUUCUCGUAAAUUUUCCCCAAAGAGUAAUAAGGUUGGGAAUUAUCCUGGUCCUAAACGUUCUCAGCCACGCUCCAUGCCACGUCCUAGUUACAACACCUCUGUUGAUCCAGGCAUGAUGUCAUCCUCACCGAGAGAAAAAGUUUUCCAUGUGAUGAACAGUGUACUCGGAGUGACGGAUGACGAAUGUCAUGCUGCGCUCUGUCACUGCCACUGGGAUAUUGAAGAAUCCAUAAGAUACCUCAAGGUGGAACAACUCUUCAGACUUGGGGUCACCUCACGUACACAUUGUGAGAGUUUACUUAAAGCAUUGAAUUGGAAUUUAGAACUUGCUAGUUCUGUGAUGCUUGAUGAACUGAAAUCUGCCGUAUCUAUGGAAUCUACUGUGUAACAUCAUUAUUGUUCAUUCUGUUACAUUUGAUUUAAUUGACUUUUGUCAUGCCUCGUUGGAGAUAAAACCAUUAAUUUGCCUGGUUGUUUUCAUUUUUCUUGUGAAAAACAUGUUUAUCUUUAUUGUUCCAGUAACCUAACCAGUUUCCAAUCCAACUGGAAUUUUUUUCUUUAAUUUUUCACUGGAGAUGCAGGACAAAUUCAUCAAAACGAUGCAUAACUUUUUUAAUACAUUAAUUUUACACACAUUACACAUCUAUGGAUUGUCAGGUAUUGAAUGUAGUGAUAGGCAGAUCGUUGUAGACCACUUUCAAUUGUCAGUGCUAUUUACUCUCAUUGCUUUUUUUCUUUUAAUGAACUCACAUUUCUCAGCAACAUUGUAUGGGAAUAGCAACAUUAUUUUGAUAAAUUUCAGGGCACUUUCAGUAUAUUUGAAACAAGAUUUCUACCACAGCAGGUAGGGUGUUGUUCAGUUCCUAGGGUAUGAAUUAAUCGUAACGACUGUUUUAUAAGUCUACACCUCACAUGAAGUAAACUGUUUAUGUGUUUUGAUUGGCUGUCAUAGUGAACUUUGACAGUAAGGACACUUCACACACUCAAGGAAAUAAAACAUGCAAGAAAUAGAUCACAUUUUUUAAAAUAGUAAUUUGA